UGACCUUGUUUUGCAUCUGCUUCUCUUGAUCCGUCGCGCCUACCCUGAUGGAGAAUCCUCAUUCUCCGACUUCUGAAGAGGUCCUUAAUUUCUUCAACACAAGUGAAGAGAAUGGGCUUAGUGAAAAGCAGAUUGCUUCCGCUCUUGAAGAGUACGGUUAUAAUGAGUUGCCCCCCGAGGAAACUAAGCCAUUAUGGAGGCUUGUAUUAGAGCAGUUUGAUGACUUGCUUGUAAAGAUAUUAUUAAUCGCUGCCACCAUUUCUUUUGUUCUUGCCUGGUUUGAAGACAGCGAAGAUGCCACAACAGCUUUUGUUGAGCCGCUCGUAAUAAUGCUUAUUCUGAUAGUUAACGCGAUUGUCGGCGUUUGGCAGGAACGUAACGCAGAAUCCGCUAUAGAAGCCCUUAAGGAAUAUGAAUCGGACACGGCCAAGGUGAUUCGUCAGAAUAGUAGGGGAACGCAGUUAAUAAAAGCGCGAGAGCUUGUCCCUGGGGAUGUCGUAGAAGUAGCUGUCGGUGACCGCGUCCCAGCUGAUAUCAGAAUCAUCCACAUACUGAGUACGACUUUACGCGUAGAUCAAUCAAUUUUAACCGGGGAGUCUGUUUCUGUACUGAAGCACUCUGAUCCCGUCUCCGGCACACAUGCGGUGAAUCAGGAUAAGAAGAACAUGCUGUUCAGCGGUACCAAUGUGGCCUCUGGUAGGUGCCGUGGUGUCGUAGUUGGCACAGGAUUGUCCACUGAAAUUGGGAAGAUUCGUGAUCAAAUUAUGCAAACAGAACAGGAAAAAACCCCACUGAGCCAGAAAAUUGAUGAAUUUGGCACUCAGCUUUCUAAGGUUAUCACCUUAAUUUGUAUUGCUGUGUGGUGUAUAAACAUCGGUCAUUUCAACGAUCCCGUUCAUGGUGGUUCUUGGCUUCGAGGAGCCGUGUACUACUUCAAGAUUGCUGUUGCUCUGGCUGUGGCUGCCAUCCCAGAAGGCCUGCCAGCCGUGAUUACUACUUGCUUGGCUCUAGGUACUCGGCGCAUGGCUCGCAAAAAUGCUAUUGUUCGUUCUCUACCGAGCGUGGAGACGUUGGGUUGCACUACUGUUAUUUGUUCCGACAAAACUGGAACCUUAACAACGAACCAGAUGACCGUGGUUCGCAUGUUCACUUUCGCUGAUGGGAUCCAAGGAGCUCGUGGCGGAGAUGGUCUACCCCUUUCGUUCGACGAAUUUGAAGUCACCGGCUCUAAAUAUGCCCCGGAAGGAUCCGUCUUACACAAAGGUCGAAAGAUCGACUGUACGAACAACCCGUGCUUGGUGGAGUUGGCUCACAUAUGUGCGUUAUGCAACGACUCCGGUUUAGAAUUCAACGAAACUAAACAUACCUUCGAGAAAGUUGGAGAGGCUACCGAGACUGCUCUCAUUUGCCUUGCAGAGAAAAUGAAUGUUUCCGGUGUAGCCAAAUCACAUCUGAGCAAUCGACAGCUUGCCAUGGCUUGUAGCCGCAACUUACAGGAACUUUAUCACAAAGAGUUCACUCUGGAGUUUUCCCGAGAUCGGAAAUCUAUGUCAGUCUACGUGAUUCCCAAGAGCGGCGAAAAGCGGGGGAAACUGUUUGUAAAGGGCGCUCCGGAGUCGAUUCUGGAUCGCUGCACUCAUGUGCGUACCAAAAACGGAAAAGUGUUGCUCACACCUGAAUCAAAAGAUGAAACUUUGCGCAAGUUAGCCACCUAUGCGACUGGCCGUGAAACUUUACGCUGCCUUGCUUUGGCCACUAAAGAUGAUCCUCCACCACGGUCACAGUUCCAGUUGUCGGAUCCACUGACCUUCAAGGAUUAUGAGUCCGGUCUCACACUUGUUGGAGUUGUCGGUAUGCUGGAUCCACCGCGGUGCGAAGUGGCAGACAGCAUUCGAGAUUGCACCAAUGCCGGAAUCCGCGUGAUUGUGAUCACAGGCGACAACAAAGCUACGGCCGAGGCUAUUUGUCGCCGAAUCGGUCUGUUCGGUGAGAAAGAGGACACCAGAGGCAAGGCAUUCACUGGCCGCGAAUUCGACAUGCUGAGUGUACCGGAGAAGCGGGAGGCGGUCAGACACGCGAAAUUGUUUGCUCGUGUAGAGCCGGCGCAUAAGAGUGAAAUUGUGCAAUAUCUACAGGAUGACGGAGAAAUCUCCGCAAUGACCGGUGAUGGAGUCAACGACGCACCUGCCUUGAAGAAAGCGGAAAUUGGCAUCGCUAUGGGAAGUGGUACCGCUGUCGCUAAGUCAGCCUCCGAUAUGGUACUAGCUGAUGACAAUUUCAGCACUAUCGUGGCCGCCGUGGAAGAAGGACGUGCCAUAUACAACAACAUGAAGCAGUUUAUUCGAUACCUGAUUUCUUCAAAUAUUGGAGAAGUGGUGUCCAUUUUCCUCACUGCUGCUCUCGGAAUGCCAGAAGCUCUUAUCCCCGUACAGUUGCUUUGGGUCAAUCUGGUAACAGAUGGCUUACCGGCCACUGCUCUCGGUUUCAAUCCCCCGGAUUUGGAUAUCAUGCAGAAACCACCAAGAAAUAGUAAAGAACCACUGAUUUCCAGUUGGCUUUUCUUACGCUAUCUGGCGAUUGGCGGUUAUGUCGGCGUUGCAACGGUCGGAUCGGCUGCAUGGUGGUUUAUGCGGUAUUCGGGUGGACCGAAAAUCUCUUACUAUCAGCUGACUCAUCACCUUCAAUGCCACGUGGAACGAGCAGCUUUCACCGGUGUGCCUUGUUCCAUUUUCACAAGUCCGAAACCAAUGACUAUGGCCCUAUCUGUGCUGGUUUUGAUUGAGAUGUUCAACGCCUUAAACAGUUUAUCGGAAAACCAAUCUCUGUUGGCUAUGCCGCCGUGGCGGAACAUCUGGCUCGUGAUCGCAAUCUCUUUCAGCAUGGUGCUUCACUUCACCAUCCUCUACGUGGAUGUUUUCGCUAGAAUUUUUCAAAUCUCUGCUCUCAACUGGGCCGAAUGGUCCGCGGUGGUGAAAAUCUCUCUUCCCGUGUUGCUUUUGGACGAAACUCAAAAGGCAAUCGCUCGAUCAUUGUCAGAACACAAGAACCCCGUGUAUCAAAUUCCACUUCUCUCCUCCAUGUGGUUAGGCUAUUCGGCGCUACUCUAUUACUACCCACUGUGAUGAUGCUCGCUCAUCUUUCGCACCUACACGACAUGUUGCUCCAACGGCCUCGACUCAAAUGUACUUAUAUUCUAAACCCCCAUCUGCAUGCAUUGUUGUCUGUCUGUUUCCAUUCUGCUAAUAAUCAGAUGCAAUUUCUUUUCAUUUCAUUCUCUUCCCCGUUCGGACUCAGUAAUAACGUGCUUUUUCUGCAUUUCAUUGCAACUUCCUCUCACCCCUCUGAAACAUGCGCAAUGCGAUUUCUAUUUUACCCCUGUGUAUUUCCAACUGAGUAUCAGUCCCCUUUUUCGUACACUCAUACCGGUCUGCUAUACGCUGUUUUUCUAUUUAUCAUCACCGCGUCUUGUUAUCCUCUCCCCCCAUCCACCUGCGAGGCGGUGGCAGGGCGACCAUAUGCUUAUUUUUUAUCUCCCCACUGUACCUUUCAUGUUGUGCGCACCUGUCUGUUUUCUUAGCACUGUACCAUAAAUCUCAUCAAUUAUGUCAUCUCCUCUCUAGUCAUAUUCA